GUUAGGGAGAGGAUGGAUUGUAUUGUUAGUGAAUCGGGUCUGUCAUCCCGGAGAUAGGGCGGACAGGAUCCCAGGCGACAGACCAGCCAGCGGAGAUCUUGAUCUGUGUACUGGAUCGGAGCAAGAACGAUGUCCUUUGAUCAUCUAAUCUUCCAACCAAGUACAAUCGAAUUUCCCCCCAGGGUCAUGCAUUCCUGCCAGCAGAGAGUGUUACAGUUGGUGAGGAGGUUUCGGGAAGAAUGGUGCCUGUCACGGGAGCGUGAGAGGAUGACCGUGUGCGGUGCAGACCACAUGUUCCUGGUUCUACAGCUUGCCAUGGCUGAGGUGAACAAGGAGUCCUGUGGUGAAUUCACCAUCGCGUUGAGCGAGCUGCUCCUGAUGUGGAAGUAUUUACUUCAGAAGAAACUGGAGUUGCUGAGUGUUCCUGAAAAGGUCCCUGAAGGGUUUGAAGGAGUGCGUGAAAGGUAUCAUUCCUUCCUGAGCAGAAGUAACACAGUGGAUCUGAUCGACGUGUACAAGAUCUGUGCUGACCUGGAAACUGAAGAUGCAUCUGAGGAGAUGCUCUCUAAGGUGGAACUACUGGACUUCCUAAUGGGAUCUUCAUCGGAUACAGCACCACAAGUACCCACUUCUCCACCCAGUGAGCAAUGUCGAUCCACUUCUAAGCUGCUGCCACUCUGGAGGAAGCUUCUCUCUGAUUAUUUGCACUUGUUGGUGAACUCCAGGAGUGACCUGGCAUUGGCAUGUGUUUUCAAUGUCCCUGACCGGGCACUUGGUCCUGAUGGUUUCACUCACCUCAAGCACACAGCACGCAGAAAGCAGAUGUCCUUGUACCAGACUGCAGCAUCCUUUAUUAGAAGCCUGGAGCUUGGAGGGAAGAGUUACGCCCCUUCAGCAGACGAUCCACUCAUGCAGUACGUCAAGGGACUGAUGGAUUUGGUGCACUUUGUGGACAAGCUACAAGAGAUAAUGGGAGAGACUUCUGACCCCAGCAUUGCAGGGAGUCAGAUACUAUCCACCAUCACAAGACGACUGUUGAAGGGACAAAGCAGUGAGAGUUCACUCUAUCUUGCCGGUGAGGAGAUCCGACAGGAACUAACUAUAAGGAUUACCAACGCCGUCCACAGACUGGAUGAUGCUGCAGGGGGAAGAACGACAAACAUCAGCCCUGCACAACCCAAGGUUUAUGCCAUCAACCACGCCACGGCGUACGGUGGGCGAAGGGCCGUCAAGGCCUUCCUUGCCGUGCUGGAUGAAGAAGCAGCCAGACCUCCGAGCGGGGUCAAGGCAGAGCUGCUCGGUGGUUCCGAGGAGAACACAAACCCUCUCGGCAUGCUGAGUCUGCUGUCACUCUUCAGAUCCCCAAAGCAAUCAAGCGGCUCAUCUCCUAAGGCCUUGCGUCAUCGCAUUCAGAAGCUGGACCAGGAAAAAAAUCCCAGUAAGGUGAAACUCACAGUCAGCAAGUCUCAGUUUUCUUGCACCUACAAGGAUGAGGUCGCAGUACCGUGUCAGCAGAGUCUCAGCCAGGCUCCAACCUGCGUCCAUCCAGCUCCAAGGCCCCUCCCAAGCACCUCGUGCGGUAACACACUACCUGACGGGAAGCCAAAACCCACCACAAAAAAGCGGGCACACGGAACGAAUCUUGGGAAAGCUGGGAUGGAGAAGGCCGGGAAUCAGGAAGGCAGCCGGAAGGAGAUGAAGCGGAAACGCCUGGAGCUGGACUCUGGUGAUGAGAAUAAGCCACCAGGUUGUACGGACGUGAAAUCAGUCAACCUGGAGGGGCAACAGUGCAAGCAACCGCAAAGAGGUUUGAAGGACAACAAAACCAGGAACAAGUUAAUCCCUGGACAAUUGAAGCUCACGAGUUUCUUCAGAGUUUAAUGUGUUUUUUCUUCUAUAAUAUUUUAAAUGUUAAAUCCAUUAAUGCUACUCCAUCAGUUUGUUUGACUUUAUUUUGAAAGUGCUCUGAAUGUAAUGUUACAACUAUCAAUGCAGAGUAUUUAAUAGUUACUGUAAGUACACUGGCUGUCACACACAAUUUCACAUUAAAACUUUCACUGUUUAAGUCAAGGAGCACAGAUUAAUGACGAUGGCCACUCAGAGUGAAGCAAGAAUGAAAUUGUGUAGAGUUUCCCUGCGUGCCAUUAACAUGUGGUCAGUUUUGCCAGCAAGGUCGGUACACACGUCCCAGCAUACAGCGGAGAACUGCAAGACACAAGAAAUAUAAUAUUGAUAACUGUGUACAAAAUGCUGGCGGAGCACUGCAGGCCAGGCAGCAUCCUGGAUUUCCAGCAUCUGCAGAAGCUCUUAUGUUUUUAAUAUUAUUGAGUUCCCGCAUAACUUUUGAAUUAUAGUUACCUUAGGGCUUUGUCUCUCUUAUUUAUGAUUAUGCAACUUAGAAGCAGUAUUGGAGAGUGAAAGUCUUAUUAAAUUUAGUAUCCAAGUAGGUAUAAGAAACCAUAUAAUACCUUCAGAUUCAUUUUCUUGUGGGCUUUCACAGGAAAAUCAACCAUUAGGCUCCUGAACCAGCGCAGAUAACUUCACUCACCUUCACACUGAACUGAUUCCACAACUUACAGACUCACUUUUAACAACUGUUUACAAUUCAUGUUUCAAUAUUAUUUAAUACUUAUCAUUUGUUUUUCUUUUGUGUCUGCAUAUUUUGUAGCCUUUUGUGUAUUGGGUGUUUGUCAGUCUUUGUGUAGCUUUUCAUUGAUUCUACUGUGAAUGUUAGGAAGAAAAUGAACCUCAGGGUAGUGUAUGGUAACAUAUACAAUACAUACUUUGAAUUCUUUUGAUAAUAAUUAACUUUGAAUUAAAAAAUGAAAUAGAAUUUAUGAAAAACUAUACAUAUAUAAAGACAGUUGAACAACAGAAAUAGGCCAUUCUGUCCAAAUACUGCAUGCUAGCCAGAAGCUCAUUGAGUGGGCUCCAUUUAACAUGAAAUAGUAUUGCACAGGAACAGGCCCUCUGGCUAAUGAGGUUAUUCUAACUAAUUAAAUACAAAUCCCUGCAUAGUCAAAUGCUUAUCGAACAGGAACAGACCAUUUAGCCCACAAUGUUGUGCCGAUCUAAUUAGUAUUCAAAUGGCCAACUAAACUAAUCCACUCUGCCUACACAACGCCCAUCUCCUUCCAUUUCAAGUUAUUCAAGAUUGUUUAAUGUCAUUUCCCGUACACAAUUGUAAAAGAGAACAAAAUUAAUUGUUACUCAGGAUCCAAUGCAGCACUGAAAAAAAUAGAAAGGAUGAACAAUAACAAUAAACAAUAAAA